AUCCCCUUCAGAAGGCUCAAAGUUCAGCGUGAAAGUCCAGCGUAGCAAUGUUAUUUAUAAGAAACAUUUUUAAGAAGACUGGUGCCAUUUAUGUCAGUCUGUUUCAACAACGAGGUUUCACAGACUUGGAGACAAUGGAGACAAAUUUAAGGAGAAUCAUUAUUACAAAAUAUACUACAGCAAACGUGUAAUUGGUCGGAAAGUCUAUAACUGUAAAGACUUCUUUUUUUUUGUUGUUGUUUUUGCAGAUUUUAUAAAACGAGAAAGUGAAAUUAAAUUAUUGGCUGUAAGAAGCCAUUACGGGGUGAGGAAAAGAGCAUACUGAAAUGGCUUCCAGAUCGUUUUUCCCUGAACAAGACAUCAUCUGUCCUGUGUGCAUGGACAUCUUCACAGACCCCGUCUUACUAAAAUGCAGCCACAGCUUCUGUAAAGCCUGUCUGCACAAGUGUUGGGAGGAGAACAAGGCAGGAGAAUGUCCGAUUUGCAGGGCGAAAACUACGGAGGACCCGACUUGUAAUCGGGUCUUGAAGAACCUGUGUGAGACCUUCUUAAAAAACAGGACUAAGAAACUAGCUUCUGCGUCCGAAUCACUCUGCAGUCUCCACGGCGAGAGGCUCAAGCUCUUCUGUCUGAACGACGAGGAGCCGAUCUGCCUCAUCUGUCAAACUUCAGAGAAGCACGAAAACCACAAACUGCGACCCGUAAAGGAAGCGGUGUCGAAAUAUAAGGAGGAGCUGGAGACAGUGCUGAGGCCCCUACAGGACAAGCUGCAGGCCUUUACUAAAGAGAAACAGAAGAGUGACCGAGAGGCUGAGAUCAUCAAGAGUGAGGCUGAGUACAUCGUGAUACUGAUACGAGAGCAAUUUGAGAUACUUCACCAGUUUCUGAGAGACGACGAGGCGGCCAGGAUCGCUGCGCUGAGGGAGGAAGAGGAGGAGAAGAGCCAGAGGAUGAAGGAGAGGGGUGAAAAAAUGACAAAAGAGAUUUCAUCCCUGACAGAAGCGAUCAGAGCCUUAGAGCAGGAGAUGAGGGCUGAUGAUAUCUCUUUCCUGCAGAACUACAAGGCUACAAAGAGAAGGUACGUAAAGUCCUGA